GAUGAAUCAGCAAAAGAAGAUGCAAAAGCAGCUGUACAAGAACUUGUAAAAAAAUGCGCCAAAGAAACAGGAGCAACCGAAGAGGAAAUCAAAGAAUUAAAAACUAAAGUACCUUUGGAAUCCAAAGGAGCAAAAUGUUUUGGAGCUUGCUUGUAUAGGAACUUUGGAGUGUUCAAAGACGGAAAAUACAACCCUGAAGCUUUGGUGGCAGCCAGCAAAAUGUUCUACGAUGAAACUACUCCUCAACACGAAAAGAUCAAGGAAAUCGCUCAAGAAUGUGCAAAAGAAGUCGUGGAUGCUGAUGAAUGCGAAUUGGCUGCCAAAGCAGUUGCUUGUGAAAGUCCCAAAUUUAAAGAAAAUAACAUCGACAUUCCACUUUAAAAAAUUAUUUUUGAAUAGAUUGUGAUUGCAACAAUAUCAGUUGAUGUAAAAGAUCUAUUAAAUUUAGGUAUAAAAAUAUAGAGAAAAUUGUUCGUUUAAUAUUGCUCAAUAU